AGCCGGUCUGUAUUCAAUGGUCACUGACUGGGAGGGUUGAGGGGCAGUACUUGAUUUAGGAAGUGUUUAGUCCUCACGGAGCAAGGCUGAGGCGCAUUUUUUCUCCCCAAAGAGCUGGGCUAUUUGGGCCAGUCAGUCUGAAGUGGCAACCCAGACAGCGGGAGGCACUGCAUCGAGCGCACAUACACACAACCUGCGCUCUGUGCUUAAGUGGAUGCAUGCAACAGAUUUCUCUCCGGAUAACACAGAAGAUAUUGUGAGUGUGGUCACGUUUUCAAUAGAUUUCGUUGGGCACCUCUCGCGUUUUUCAGCACACAGGGUGACCAUUUCUGUGAAAAUGCUUUUGAAUCGAUAACUUUGGGCACAAAAAAGUAAUUUGAGCAUUUUUUUUUUCGAUUUGGGUUCACUGAACAUAAAAGAGAAGAACUGAGAACAUGGAUAUCAACAGGAAUGGUGCGUUUAUUUUUAUAAGAACAUUGAAACUUCUUGUGAUGAUGAUACUGAUACAACAUGUAACUGGCAAGACACUGAAGUACCAGGUUUACGAAGAACAAAGGAUUGGAACUGUUAUUGCACGACUAAAAGAGGAUGUAGCUGAUGUUUUGUCGAAACUUCCAAGCUCGGUGUCUUCGCGUUUCAAGGCAAUGCAAAGAGGGAGCACAUUACUGUCUGUGCGCGAACAAGACGGCGAGAUCAGCAUCAGGUCAAAAAUAGACAGAGAAAAACUGUGUGAGAAAAAUGUGAACUGUUCUAUCGAAUUCGAUGUGUUGACCCUGCCUACGGAACAUUUGCAGUUGUUCCACGUCGAGAUACAAAUACUUGACAUUAACGACAACGCUCCUCAAUUCUCGCGGUCAGUAAUUCCCAUAGAGAUUUCCGAAAGUGCGGCUGUAGGCGCACGGAUUCCCUUGGACAGCGCGACGGACCCUGAUGUCGGAGAUAACUCUCUUCACACAUACUCCCUGACCCCAGCAACGGACUUUUUCAUGAUUGAUAUCCUCACACGAACCGAUGGUGCCAAAUAUGCGGAGCUCGUUGUGCUUAGGGAAUUGGAUAGAGAGACACGGUCCAGCUAUGAACUUCAGUUAAUUGCAUCGGAUAAGGGCGUUCCCCCAAAAUCUGGUUCCACACUCCUUAAAAUCAACAUUGCCGACUCAAACGACAACAACCCUGUCUUUGAGAAGCCAUCUUAUGUGAUUAAUCUAUUGGAAAAUUCACCUAUAGGCUCCAUGAUAAUUGAUCUGAACGCCACAGACCCUGACGAGGGCACCAAUGGAAAAAUAGUCUACUCUUUUAGUACUCACGUGUCCACGAAAAUUCAAGAGACAUUCAAAAUAAACUCAGACAAUGGACAAUUGACUCUGAUUAAAAAGGUCGACUAUGAAACAACCAACUCUUUUGAUAUUGAUAUACAAGCACAAGACCUUGGCCCUAAUUCAAUGCCAGCGCACUGUAAGGUCAUCAUUAAAGUUGUAGAUGUGAAUGACAACAAGCCAGAGAUCAGCAUCAAUUUAAUGUCACCAGGAAACGAGGAAGUGGCAUACAUAUCUGAGGGCGCAGCUGUGGACACUUUUGUUGCCCUGGUGAGGGUGGAUGACAAGGACACAGGGCUCAAUGGAGAGGUGAUAUGCAGGCUUCAUGGACAAGGGCACUUCCGGCUCCAGAAGUCCUACGAGAAAAACUACAUGAUACUGACUGAUGUUGCUUUGGACAGGGAGAAGAGGUCAGAAUACAGCCUCACCGUGGUCGCCGAGGACCGAGGUUCACCCAGCCAGUCCACCAUCAAACACUUCACAGUGCAAGUGCUCGAUGACAAUGACAAUGCACCACGGUUCGAGAAGAGCCUUUACGAGGUCUUCAAGCCCGAGAACAACGCACCAGGUGCAUACCUCACCUCCGUGGUGGCCGUGGACCCUGACCAGGGUCUCAACAGCCAGGUGAGCUACACUAUCCUGGAGAGCAUGGUGGAUGUCAGCUCCAUCUCCACCUACGUGACCGUGGACCCAUCCAAUGGUGCCGUGUACGCGCUCCGCUCGUUUGACCGCGAGGACGUGAGUCGGGUAGUGUUCACCAUCCAGGCCCAGGACGCGGGCAGCCCACGGCUGAGCAGCAACGUCACCAUGGUGCUCACGCUCCUGGACGAGAACGACAACCCGCCGUUCAUCGUCUCGCCACAACUCUGGAACCACACGGCCGACGUGCCUGUCUCCCGCUACACGCCCGCCGGUCAGGUGCUGACCGCCAUCCAGGCCACAGACAAGGACGCCGGCGCCAACGGCGAGCUCACCUGCAUCAUUGUGGCCGGCAACGAGGCCGGCUACUUUGCCAUGGACAGCAAGACGUGUGAGAUCCGCACCAACGUCAGCGUGGAGCAGAUCCCGGCCGACCACAUGGAGGUCACGGCUCUCGUCCAGGACAAGGGGCCGGAGCCACUGACCGCCAGAGCUGUGCUCAAGUUCACCAUCUACGAGAACAUGGACAGCACCAUCCACACGCACACGGCCGACGGGGGGGAGGCCUCCCUGGACGUGUCCCUGAUCAUCAUCAUCUCUCUGGGCGCCAUCUGCGCCAUGCUCCUGGCCAUCAUGGUGGCCUUCGCAGUUCGCUGUGGACGGGAGAAGAAAGACACCCACUCCUACAACUGCCGAGUGGCCGAGUCCACAUACCAGCAUCACCCUAAGAAGCCUUCCAGGCAGAUCCACAAGGGCGAUAUCACGCUGGUGCCCACGGUCAACGGGACCCUGCCCAUUCGUGCACACCACCACUCGCCCGCGGGCUCGCCCCUGGCGGAGAGGGCGCAGAUGAGCAGCCGGCAGAGCCACCAUAGCCGCCAGUCACUCAAUAGCCUGGUUACAAUAUCGUCCAAUCACAUCCCAGAGAGCUUUGCCUUGGAGCUGGCCCAUGCUACUCCACCUGUGGAGCAAGUCUCACAGCUUCUGUCACUGCUCCAUCAGGGCCACUACCAACCAAGACCAAGUUUCCGAGGAAAUAAGUACUCAAGGAAUUACAGGUAUGGCCUCCAAGACAUGGAUAAGUUCAGCCUGAAGGACAGUGGGAGAGGGGACAGUGAUGCCGGGGACAGUGACUGUGACAUGGGUCGGGAGUCGCCGAUUGACCGGCUCCUCGGCGAAGGAUUCAGUGACCUCUUUCACAUGGAUGCCCAUCAGCGACUCCACCCAGCCAUGAGACUGUGCACUGAAGAAUGUCGCAUCCUGGGCCACUCUGACCAGUGCUGGAUGCCCUCCGUCCCCUCCCCAGCCUCCACCUCCUCCGACUACCGCACCAACAUGUACAUCCCAGGGGAGGAGGCCUCGCCACAGGCCCUGGUGGAGGAAGACCAACAGUCUGUGGACUCCUCUGGCGACCGCAAGAAGAGCUUCUCCACCUUUGGCAAGGAGUCGGAGGAGGAGUGCGGAGUAGGAGGCUCUCUCUUGUCCGAGAUGAACAGUGUGUUCCAGCGCCUCCUGCCGCCGUCCCUCGACACGUAUGGCGAGUGCAACGAGAUGGCCGAGCGUUCCGUCGCCUUGGAAACCCGACGGGGCUUCCUCCCUGGCAAGUCGUCGUCGUCAUCAUCAUCAUCAUCCUCGUCCAUGUACCCGCAGGGCGUCGCCGCCUGGGCUGCCAACACACACUUCCAGAACCCAAGCAACACGUCGGGCAAUCACAUAGCGACGCCAACUCACGGGCCAGCCAAUCACGUGACGGCUACCACCCAGACGCACCUCAAAUGGCUGCCGGCCAUGGAGGAGAUCCCAGAGAACUACGAGGAGGACGAGCUGGAGAGUGUACUCGGGCACCUAGCGAGCAAGCGCAGCGAGAGUCGCCAUGAGGUCACCAUGGACACAGGCGAGCUCGUGGCCGAAAUCAACAAACUCUUGGUCGACGUCCACCACAACUAGACUGCUCCCAAUCCAAAAACAAAACGAACCUAUUAAAAUGUGAAAUGGUCCCCCGUCAAAGUCUUUCUGAUUUCCCUCGCCCACUGUUUCAUUUGACCUGAGGGUGGAGAAAUCAGAGAGAAUAAUGCACUGUAUCAGACAUUCUGUGGCAUUGAUAUUGUGAAGGUGUGUUUAAGUGCUAGUUAUUUGGAAACGGCUUUGUUUCUCACACAUUUUUAUUUCUUUUGGUAUACAGUGUGCACAUUGUGAUUGUAACUACCUUUGUAUUUUAAGAAUACGUUUUUUUACACAAUAUUUAUAUAUGUAUGCUUGUAUAUAUUACAAAAAACAAACGGAUGUCUAUUUUUAUAUUUUUCUGCAUGUCAUCAAAAGAUACUGUAUGUUACUGUAUGUGUGUGAGUGAGUGUGUGUAUGCACACUGGGGCAUAUAUGUGUGUGUAUGUGUGCUUAUGGGAGUGUAUACAAACAAAAAUAUUUAUAAAUAAGUUUUGACAUUGUGUGAAUAUGAGUAUUACUCCAUAACAUGCUGAGAAACAGUGUUUGUAUUGAGAUGUGUUUUGUCUCUGUGUUGACACCACCUGUACUCUGACUUCUAGAGAAGAAAGUGGCAAAAUAAUUCAACCACACCAUAAACCUACUGGACGUUUUCUGUUUUCAUUUUAUUACAGUAACUAUUGUCCAAUUGUCAACAAAGAGCGAGAGUGUAAAAAAAUUCUUGAAAAAUAGAUACUGAGAUCUCUCGAACUGUACAUGCCUUCUUUUUCUGGCUAUUUAUUUGUUUGCCACAAUACAAUCCUUGUGCCUCCUA